AUGCCCCGCUCUCAUUUCCGUCCUCACUUAGCCCUCCCAGCUUACACUGCGAUGCGUGCUCUGUUCGGCCUCUUCAUCGUACCCCUCGCCGUCGCCGUCAUGGCUUACCAGUAUCUCCUUGUUUCUCCGACCUCCAACGGCCAGAACCAAACAUCUCACGGCAGCAAGGUCGACGCCAACACCUCCAAGAUCCAAGCCACCAGCAGUCCUACACCUUCUCGCACGCGCAAAGACACGAGGACCGUUCGCUUUGCUUCUGCCUCGAACAACGUGUACUUUCCACCCAGCCCUUACACCCCGUCCAACUCAUCCACUUAUGAUCCCUCUUCUCUUGACACUACCAACGCCCCUCAACUCCCGAUCACACCUCCCUUCACUCGGCGCCAGUCGAUGGACGCUCCGCAAGCUCGACGCAUCCCCAACGCGGCGAGGAACAAGCCCUUGCUGUACGAUGGUCCCCGUCUGCCCUCCACCCCCCUGUUUAACAAGAACAAUGACAACAACACCCCGUCAAACACACCUCCUCGUUGGCCAGGAGCCAGGCAGCGCCUCUUCUCUACCCGUCACCACAUUCCUGUCACGCCACCGGCUGUUCUGGUCCACCACACCUCCACCUCGCUCCAUUAUGAGGAGACCACCACCUCCUUCUUCCUCUCGCAGCCUACCGACACGGCCGACGGCGCCUCGCAGCCGACCACGACCCCAGCUACCGCUGCUUUGCCCACCACGCCUCCUCCCGCCAGGUCCUUCGUGGCAGCUGUUCUUCGCAACAUGUCGCCCUCCGAGUUCCUUGAGAACUCUAUCGCCAUUCGGCAGUAG